AAACUUAACACUCACUGUGUUUUUGGGAUGAUACUUUAUUUUCAAUCACUUCCAAAGUCACUAUGAACAAUGAUGUGUUUGUGGACUGGAAGCAGAAUGUCAAUGAAGUGACGGUCAGACUGCGCUGUGGAGAGGGGGUGCAGAGAAUAGAGGAUAUCAACACGACCUUCACUGAUACUCACUGCCAUGUGCACUUCCCAGAUGGACGGCAGUGGAGCUGCCAGCUGCAGGAGGAGAUUGAGGCGUCAUGCAGCAGAGUCCAACACAAAGAAAAGGGAGGCUUCCUGCACGUCAUCAUGCACAAGAAGAUUCCCUUCCACAUCUGGCCCUCGCUUAAGUCAAAUAAGAAGGAGAAAGAGACAUUUCCUAUUGAGACCAAAAAAGAGAAGGAACUGGAGGGGAAGCCCGUUGCCUCGGAGUCAUCAGAGAAAUCCAGAGUGUCCUCCACGCAGCCAAAUCAGCAGCCUCCCCCAACACCGGCACACAGCGAGUCCAGGCGCGGUGGCAGCAAGGCAGAGCGGGGGGUGAAGCGCGGCCUGAAAAACAAACAAGCGUGUGACAAAACCACUACAGACUCUGCAGGGGUGAAAGGUGGAGCUGGAGAUGGCUCAGCCCCCACCAGCAAGCCUGUCGCAGUCACGCAAGGAGAGCCUCAGGAACCCAGUGCCAAGCGCACCGUCACACAGCUGCCCGCGGCAACCAAGGAGGCCACGUCACCUGCCGACAGGGACGCUCACACACACCUGCCCGCUGGUCGUAGCCCACAGACACAACGCAGAGAUGGAGACAACAAAGGCGGAGGAGAGGAACAGAGAGCAGGAGUCGCUGCUGGCAGCCAUACUAACAAAACUCAGGUAAGAAACGCUGUUGUGUUUUUUUAUUUAGAAAGUCAAAGU